AUGUUUACGAAACCGAUCCUCUUAGCUUCUCUUCUCCUCACCAUCUUCGUCUCCGCAACUCACUCAGCUCGUCAGAAGAGCGGUAACAAUGGCUUAGGAUUCGGCGGAGUACCCGGAUCCGGAUAUGCCGGGAUACCCGGGUUUGAAAACGGGUUUCCGGGUACCGGAGUUGGCGGUGGAUACGGCGGAGGGUACGGUGGUCCGAGCGGCGGGUACGGGAAAGGAGGUGUGGUGAGGCCGACGGUGACUUGCAAAGAGAAAGGACCUUGUAACGGCAAGAAGCUGAGGUGUCCUGCCAAGUGUUUUAGCUCUUUUAGCCGCUCCGGGAAAGGAUACGGCAGUGGAGGCGGAGGUGGUGGAUGUACCAUGGAUUGUAAGAAGAAGUGUACCGCUUAUUGUUAA